AACAAGUUUGAAGUUUGAAACUCCCAACUUUUCAAUCAUCAAAGCACAAACCCCCCUCUCUCUCUCUCUCCACAACUUUACUCUUGCUCUCUACUCUUCACUUUUCUCUCCAUCCCGUGCGUCCAACUUUCCAAUCUUUCUCUCCUCUUCUCUCAUCUCUGCAUGUUCUUCUUUUCCAGCCCCUGAUCGUUUAUUCAGAAACUUCCCAACUUUUCUCCUCCCUUUCUAAACCAGCGGUAGUCUGAUUAUCUUAUCCCGUCUUGCUACGUUGUCCCGGCGAGGAGAUCGGGGAAUGUUGGUCGCUGUCGUAGCGAAUGUCUCCCUCAAGUAACAAAGUUGCCGCUUCUGGGUUCGUUAUUCUCUGUUCUUGCUGAUCUUACUUCUGAAAAAUUGACUUUUACCCUGAUGGGUUCGUGAUUUUCUGCCACAAAGUUUGCAACUUUGAUGCUGGAUUGAAAAGGGUUUUGCUUGAUUGAUUGAUUUGCGUUGAGGGGGGAAGGGGAAAAAAAGUCAAGAGGAUCGUUUUGGGAUAAACUGUGGUUGACUUUUUUGGAUUUAGAAAGGUUAACUCUUGGUGGGUUUAGGAUUAUUAUUGUGAAUUAUGAUCAAGCAAUUGCUGGGCAAGAUUCCUAGGAAGUCGUCUAAAUCGGCUGGAAAUGGAGAAAACGGAAGGAAGAAUGGUAAAAAUUCAAAAGCUGUUGCUAAUACUGUUUCAAAGGGCAGUAAUUUUGGGGUCGAUUCUUACAUCGGGUAUGAACGGUUCAACAAUCAGCCUGGUUCAGAUUCCGGGCAGAACAAUGGAACCAUGAUUUCAAUGAAGCAUCAGAAUGGCAACCUAGGAUUAUACUCCUACGAAGUGUUGCCAGGAUUCAAAGAUGUUCCAAACUCUCAGAAGGAGAGUUUGUUCUUUAGAAAGCUAAAGCUAUGCAGCAUUGUAUUCGACUUCACCGAUCCAGCGAAGCACGUUAAGGAAAAGGAGAUCAAGCGACAGACAUUGCUGGAGCUUGUUGAUUAUGUCACUUCUGCAAAUGGGAAGUUCAGUGAAGCUGUUGUCCAAGAAGUGGUCAAGAUGGUAUCAGUCAACAUGUUCAGGACGCCUAGUCCUCAACCCCGGGAGAAUAAAGUUGUGGAUGGUGUGGACUUGGAGGAAGAAGAGCCUACGAUGGACCUCGCUUGGCCUCAUUUGCAAAUCGUCUAUGAGGUCUUCUUGAGAUUCGUGGCAUCUUCUGAGACUGAUGUCAAGUUGACUAAAAAGUACAUUGACCAGGCGUUCGUUCUCAAGUUGUUGGACUUGAUUGAUUCUGAAGAUCCUAGAGAAAGAGAGUACCUCAAGACGAUUCUUCAUAGGAUAUAUGGGAAAUUCAUGGUACAUCGUCCAUUCAUAAGGAAAUCCAUCAACAAUGUGUUCUAUCAGUUUGUUUUUGAGACCGAGAAGCACAAUGGGAUAGCUGAGCUUCUGGAGAUCUUGGGGAGUAUCAUUAAUGGGUUUGCCUUGCCUCUCAAGGAAGAGCACAAGAUGUUCCUCGUUCGUGCUCUAAUUCCAUUGCAUAAGCCGAGGUGCUUGGCGAUGUACCACCAGCCUCUGUCUUAUUGUAUAACACAGUUUGUUGAGAAAGAUUGCAAGCUCGCAGAUGUUGUGAUUAGGGGGUUGUUAAAGUAUUGGCCGGUUACUAAUAGCUCGAAGGAAGUCAUGUUUCUGAAUGAGCUUGAGGAGGUACUCGAAGCAACUCAGUCACAGGAAUUCCAGCGAUGCAUGGUUCCUCUUUUUCAUCAAAUCGCGCGGUGUUUAAGUAGCUCUCACUUUCAGGUAGUUGCUGAAAGAGCAUUAUUCCUGUGGAACAAUGAUCCAAUCGAGAAUUUGAUCAGACAGAACCGGAAGGUCAUUCUGCCCAUUCUUUUCCCAGCACUUGAGAGAAAUGCAAGGAAUCACUGGAACCAAGCUGUCCGUAGCUUGACUUUAAAUGUCCGCAAGAUAUUUGAAGAUCUCGAUCCUGAGCUCUUCAAUGAUUGCUUGCUGAAGUUUCAGGAGACUGAGAAGAAGGAAGACGAGACCAAAGCGAGAUGGGAAGCCAGAUGGAGACGCUUGGAAGAGAUGGGUGCUCAGAAAACUGCAGAAAUGGAAGCUAGCAAGCAAUGCUGUUUGAAGGGAAGGACGGGAUUCUCGCUAUAAACGUGGCAGCCUUUUGCAUCGAAAAAUGGGGUUCUUCUUCUGCAAGAUAGACCUGAGAACCUGACUAGCGGAUGAGAUAACCGAAAUGGUACACCAUUGAUGACUUGGUGAGGUUUUUUGUCUUUGUAUUGGAAGAUUGAAGGUGUACUGCUAAACGUGAGAAGCCAGGUCCUUGAAACUACUAUGUGGGAAGGGGUUAAGUUGCUGAGACUGUUAGAAGAAAGAAUAUUUGUAUUGGAAAGCUACAAGUUUGGUGCUUUCAAUUGCAGAAAAGUGGUGUAUGUUGAACUUUAAGUGAGCAUUAAGAUGUGAAAUAGGUUAGUGAGCAGGGGUGUGGAUGGAUGUAUCUUGUCAUGCAAUGUCACUCGAGUUUGAAUUAUCAGUUGAAGAUUUAAAGAGCAAGAUAAGAAACUUGUAGCUGUUUGAGGGUAGUGAUGAGGAGGAGACAACAAAAAGGUAAAGAGAAAGAGAAGUAAAAGGCCGGAAGUAGUUUUAGAGUCACUUAUUUGAACGGGAAGAUUCCAAACAGCUAUAGAUAUUCAUUGGCUCUCAGGGCUGCAAAUGAGUGAACGGCUCGAUACGGGGAAAGUUCAUUCGUAACCCGGCUUGUUAGUAAACGAGCCGAGUUUGAGCUCAUAAUUAUUCGGGGCAAGUCAGUUUGACUGAGUGG